AAAAUAGUGAGACAGCAUUUACUUAGUGUUAUGCCAGCUUUGUCAUAAAUGAAAAUGGAGAAUCAAACUACAGUGCUUUACUUUCUGCUGCUGGAAUUUUCAAAAAAUCAUCAUCUGCAGCUUUUGUAUUUCUUCUUCUUCUUUGUGUUAUAUCUCACUACUGUAACAACAAAUUUUCUCAUUAUUUCUGCAGUCGCUUUUGAUCGUCGACUGCACAGCCCCAUGUACUUCUUUCUCAUGAAUUUGGCUCUGCAAGACGUGGGCAUUGUUUCUGUCAUUGUCCCAAAAUCCAUGAUCAAUUCUCUCAUGAACAACAGAUGCAUCUCUUAUGUUGGCUGUGUUGCUCAAGUCUUCCUCUUUGUUUCUUUUGCAGCUUCUGAUUUCUUCCUUCUCACAGUCAUGGCAUAUGAUCGGUAUGUUGCCAUUUGCCAUCCAUUACAUUAUCAUGUAAUGAUGAAUUGGAAAGCCAGCACUGAAAUAAUGAUAUUUGUAUGGGUUUCAGGUUUUCUCUGUGGAAUCUUGCACACAACUGGUACUUUUUCAGUUCUGUUUUGUACUAAUGUGAUCAACCAAUUCUUUUGUGAAAUUCCACAAUUGCUAAAACUAUCCUGCUCUGGAUUAAAUCUACUUGAGGUUGGUAUUCUUGUAUCUGGUAUCAUUGUUGGACUAAGUUGUUUCACUUUUAUUAUUGUAUCUUAUGCAGUGAUCUUUAGGACAGUGUUAAGAAUCCCUUCUGAACAAGGAAGGCAAAAAGCCUUAUCCACUUGUAUUCCCCAUCUUACAGUAGUGUCUGUGCUAGUAUUAAGUGGAUGCUUUGCCUAUCUUAGACCUUCCUCAAAAACUCCAUCUUAUAUAGAUUUUGGGUUGACUGUUCUGUAUGCUCUCCUUCCACCUCUGUUCAAUCCAAUCAUCUAUAGCAUGAGAAAUAAGAAUAUCAAAUGUGUCCUUUCUCAGCUGUGGAGAUUGUGACAAAUUCUUUUAAUGUUAUUUAUAUUCUAUUCAGCAUCAUUUUCCUGUCUUUUUUUUACUUCUGUGAAUAAAUAUGAUAGAAAGGGAUAGUUGGGAUGGAGGCAAAUCCAACUUCUCAAACUUAAAGAACCUAUCACUCCAUAUAUUGCUUAGCCAAUGUCCCACAUCUCUGAUUACUGUCCAUGCACUUUACAGAUGCUAAACAUGGAUUCUUGGCAGCUGCAGCAUUUUACAUGCUAACAAUUCCUUAUGUUUAGUGAAGUGAGUACCAUGGUGUAAUGCAAAUGGGGGAAACACCUGAAAUGCAGAGGAGCUUUAAAUGAUGUGUUCUGUUUUUCUUUAUAUGAAAUGGCUUCCCCCUAAUGCUGCCCCUCUAUUGCUGGGACCCCUAAGGCUUUAAGACGGGACUGGAUUUCUGCUUGAACAGGAGGUUGGACUAGAAGAGCUCCAAGAUCCAUUCCAGCUCUAUUCCGAUUGAUUGGUCCAUAAUAUGGCCAGUUAAAGCUCCAGAGUUUCCAAAGUAUGUAGACCUCUAUAACACUUCCCUCCUGAAAUGGUUAUUUCCUCACAAACUUUGAUAUUUUGCUCCUUUCAGUGAGCCUCAAGUC